AGAAAACUUCAGACAUAACACAGAACAGUAGUAGGCGUAGGUUGUUAGGAGUAAAAGUGUUAGGCUGUUGUCAGUUUAAUCACGAUCUCGUAUCAUUUUUAUCUGUUUUGAACUGUUACUGUAUAUUGAUAGCAUUCAUAGGUCAUGGUGUUGUGAAGUGAAAUAAACUGUACAGGAGAUUUGUCUCCAGGAGCAAACUUAAAUUUUACUUAGAGACAGGAUGCACAAGAGUCGUGUCGGCUCGUAUGAUGGCAAGAUCGCAGGACUGUAUGACCUGGAGAACACACUGGGGAGUGGGCACUUUGCUGUUGUCAAGUUGGCAAGACACGUCUUCACGGGCGAGAAGGUGGCGGUGAAAGUCAUUGACAAGGCUAAGCUGGAUGAUGUAUCGCGCGCUCACCUCUUCCAAGAAGUACGAUGUAUGAAACUGGUGCAGCACCCAAAUGUUGUGCGACUUUAUGAAGUAAUCGACACACAGACCAAGCUGUAUCUGAUCUUGGAGCUGGGUGAUGGUGGAGAUCUCUACGAUUACAUUAUGCGGCAUGAGGCAGGCCUCAGCGAAAGUGUUGCUCGCGAUUACUUUCGCCAGAUCGUCCGUGCGAUCUCCUACUGUCACAAAUUGCAUGUGGUUCAUCGUGACUUAAAACCUGAGAAUGUCGUCUUCUUUGAGCGGCUGGGAGUCGUCAAACUUACCGACUUCGGUUUCAGCAACAGAUUCUGCCCUGGCCAGAAGUUGGAGACAUCUUGUGGCUCUCUCGCCUAUUCUGCCCCUGAGAUUCUGUUGGGAGACUCCUAUGAUGCUCCUGCUGUCGAUGUCUGGUCACUAGGAGUGAUCCUGUAUAUGCUAGUCUGCGGGCAGGCCCCGUUUCAAGAAGCCAAUGACAGUGAGACACUCACAAUGAUCAUGGACUGCAAGUAUACAGUGCCGCCUCACGUCUCACAGCCUUGCAGAAUGCUGAUUGGUCGAAUGUUGGUGCGAGAGCCAGAGAAGAGGGCUACACUGGAGGAGAUAGCUAAUGAUCCCUGGUUGGAGGAGGUGGACACUCAGACAGAUCUCUCUUUGCCUUUGGUCUCACGGCAACAGCUUACUGAGGACGAUCACACACUCAUUGUGCAGAAGAUGGUCAACGGCAAGAUCGCCACCAAGGAGGAGAUAUUGGAAGCAUUGGACAAGAAUGAGUACAACCACAUAACAGCAACAUAUUUUCUUCUGGCAGAACGCAAACUGCGGGCACUAGAACCCAAACAGGCACUCAAGACACCAGGCAAAAUACCACCGAGUGUGCGGGUGGACUCAUGUGAUGGCGCAGCAGCCACUCUGGGGUCUAGUGGAGCCACAAUGACUGCCACACUGUUGGGUGCAACACGGUCCCCAGGUGAGAGGGCUCGCAAGUGUUCCAUAGUCACAGAAGAAGAGGAUGAUGAGGAGGACCGAGGCAGCUGCAGCAGUCGGUCAUCACUCAACCGAAGAGGCAGUCGCAGUGAAGGGAAGCUGCAUCUGGCUGUGCAGGAGUUGCGCCGGGAGGCGGUCACUGUACCGGUGAACAUCAUUUCAGAGGCAUCAACAGUCCCUAGCCCUCUGCACUCUGGAAGCCAUGCUCCGGUCCGCCCAGUCAAAACACUUCCUGCCCCCCUCCCAACUGCCCUCAGUUCCCCACAGAUUGGUCUGGGCGAGAUAUCGGAGGAAGGUUCUGCCAAGCCCAGUGGCACACCACGCUUCACUGCAUAUGAACAGAGAAGAACAAAGUUUCGUAAGACACGUACAGCCUCAUGUAGUUCUUCAGAUGCCAGCGAUGAAGACUCGGAGGGAAGAAAGAAGCGAGGAAGUACAAAGUCAUUACACCGUGGGAGAGAUCCUCAAGAUCCUGGAGGGAGCGGAGGAUCAGGAGGUACUGGAGGAGCUCCACCUCCUGGAGGCGGGUCCACAGGAGGAACUGGAAACUUUCCAUCACAGAGCAAGGGACUCGGUGGAGCUGGUGGUACUCAGGGCAGUUCUACUCAGGGGCACAGACAGUGUCUGAAUGGUCGACACCGGCGACGGGCAGGCGAGACCCGGCUAAGAGAGAGCCAGAGUCUGAACAGGAUUACAGAGGUGCAAGAGGCGGACCCCCCUGCCUCUCCUAAACUCCCUCCGAGCCCUGUGAAGGCUUCAGACUCCACUGAGGUGCGGAAACACCAGUCGAAGCGCAAUGCCCUGAUCGGUCGAUACCUCAGCCUGCAGAGGAAGCUGUGCUUGCCACUGUGGGGACGAGGAAGACUGUACAAGACUGGAGGCAAGGAUAUCAACCAGAACCUUGGGUCUGCGGCUGUUGCUGUGGCUGCAUCCAUUGGCAUGUGUCACCUCCACACGGGAGAGCAGGACAAGUGCUGCAACCUCUGCUGACAUAACAUUAAUGAUUGAGUGGUGACUGAGUACAGUUCACGUGGGGCUUCGCUGCGGGUCAGUCGACCGUCCCGGCGUUUAUCUGCACUGUCACUGCUGCCAACCAAACAAAAUCAAACUAAUUCCAAAGUCAACUGUCGUAGUAAGUCAGCACCAAAGCAAUAAUCGCUGGCAUUUCUUUUUUUCUGUUUAAAUCCACAAUUUGAUAUCAGCCCAUACUCAAUCGUCUUAAGCGUUUACAGAACCAAAGCUCUUGCAUAAUUUUAAGGUUUAAUACUGCUUUAAAAUUAUUGUCUAAGUAAUUUAUUAAUGUUAUUUAAUAAUGUUAAGUCUAAUGUAAAUUAUGUGUACAUGUUAUUUUAAUUUGUUUGUUAUGUUUUUUAAUAGUUUACAUCCUCAAGUACCAUUAUGGGUAUUUUAAAGUUUUUUUAUAUACUUUAGAUUUUAGUAAUUGUGUGUACUGUAAAUUUCAUGAGGUGUUUUAGUCCAUGUACUGUGUGAGUCUAUAAAAUGGUUUGCAACAGUUUUCAUUCUUAACAAGUUUUGGCUUGACAUAAACACUUUUUAAAAGCAUUAUUCAAAACUCUAAAGAUUGAUUAUCCUAUGUUGUAAAAGAUUGGGAUAUUUUAAAAUACCUUAUAACAUUAUUCUUUUUAAAUUAUCUACUUAAUUCCUAGUCUUGAAAUAUAGUUAAUUGAAUGUACCUGUUAAAAUUUAAACUUAAAGUGCAAUAGUUUACAAUAAUGACACUUUUAAAAUAGAAUAGCUUUAUUUAUUUUUGUUAAUAUAAACUAUUAAUAAGAAAGAUAGAAAAUGUUUUAUUAUUUAAUAAUGGCUGAAUAUUAUCACGUAUUUUGUAAACUUUAAAACAUCUUUUUUGCUUAAAUUCUUCAACUGGUUAGGCCUAUGUGAUGAUUAAAGUUGAUGACAUAUGUUUUGGGAGAAUUCAGUAUUAACUAAGGCCUUUGUAAUUUUAAUUACUUACAGAUGGAUGAUUAAAAUAAUCAAUAUAACAUAUUGCCGGACUUUAAUUAAGGUACAAACAUUCAAUGUGAAACAAUAUUUCUUUAUUUUCAUAUUCAUUAAGAACAGAACUAGCAUUAAUACAUUCAUGUUAAAAUCUGUAAUUCUUUAGCUAUGGCAUUACAUUCUUCAAAGCUGAAAACAGUUUUUGACUAGCUACUUGAAUAUUUUUCCUUUUGAGUCCUGCGGUUUAAGUUUUUCAGUUCUUUAGCAAUCAUGUUUUAGAUCCUAGCUCCAGUAUAAUAUAGUUUCUUGGCUUGUUGUAGGGUUAUUUUAUUAACUGGCUGGUUCAAAUUAUUGCUGUUUUUUUAUGUUCAUGAAUAUUGCUUUUCCUUGCAAGAUAUCUUUAGGGCACAUACUAUUACAGUAAUGUAAUUCGACACUACUGUCCAAUGACGGACCCAAGUUUUAGGAAGUCUAUCUGCAGCUGUCUCGGAGAUCUAAGUUAGUCAUGAUGCAUACUGCACACAUCUGCAUAACUAAUACUUGUUUGAGAUUGAUUAUGGAAAAUCCUCUCCAAAGCACUAAUUUAAAGCGAACAUGCCGUUUUGAGAUUAUUUUAUUAAAUUUUACUAUCUAUAUGAAUUAAUUAUAAAUUUAAAAUUCAAUUAUUUCGCCAAAGAGGUCUUGUUCUGAAAAAUUUAACUGUUAUUUGACACUUAUUAAUAUUUUUAAAAGUUUAAUAUUUGAGAUUUUUCAAAGAUUUGAAGAGGAAGAGGGGAUUGCAUACUCGUAACUACUUCUCCAAAUGCCAGUGUUCAUUUCAAUUAAUACCUUUUUGUUAGUUAUAAACAAACUUGUAAUUCAAAUUUGAGAUGGUAUACAGUAUCAUCUAUAUUAUUCUUCAAAUGAUUUGUGUUAAUGGGUAAUAAUCAGAAAUAGGUUUAAUUCAAAUUAAUUUUGGAUAUUUUUAUUUACAACUUAUUCAAUCAAACCCUAAGUAAAACAGCAAUUUAUAAAAUUUUAAAUCCUGAAAAACGUGAAUUGUUGAGAAAUAUCUGCUCUGAAACUAGGAAAACUAUAAUUAGUUUAUAGAAAAUGACAAUGACGUAAAGAUGCUUUUAUAAAGGAACCAAAUAAACUUUUCAGACCAUGAUUUUGAAAUGCUUAAAAAAGUUUGUUUGCGACAUGUUUGCUGCCAAACUCCGAUUCUCUCCCUCCUUUCUUCCUGUGACAAACCCCCUAGCCAAGAAGGCUAUCAGUGUCACCAACCAUCACAACAAUGAGACAACCUUAAGUCAUGUUUAGUUUUUAUUUGAAAUAAUCACCAGAACUAAUUACCACUGUAAAGCUUCUUUAUUCCUGUCCUCGAAAUGUUUGUUAUUACACUAUUGUUAAUAUAACCGUGAAACUAAUUUUUUGUAACAGAGUAAACUUCGCUUGCAUCAUAUUGCCAUAGUUACCAGAACUAAUUAUAAAGCUUAACAUCUAAUUUUUUUUGUUCACACCGUGUCAAAAUAUUGUUUACUUAAAUACAUUCUUGAAAUAUUUCGGCUUCAUCUUUAGUCAACAGAUGUUUAAACUGAAACAUUUUCUAUUUAACAUCUGUUGAAUGAAUGUGGCUCUCCACAGCGAGGCUUAAAUAUUUCAAGAAUGUAAUUGUGUAAGCAACGUUUUGUGUGGUGUGAACUGGAAAACUUAGAUGUUAGUCAUGAAACUGGCUGCAUGAGCUUAAGAACUAAGAAUAUAAAGUUUCUGUAUUCCUGUUCUCAAAACUUCUGUUGUCACAUUAUUGAUAGUAUAACAAUUGAAAUGAUUGUGCAACAGUGUAAACUACACUCAAAAUCCUGUUCUUUACCAUCUAAAGCGCAUUAUGUGACUGUGGGGCUUGGUAAUGUAGAUGCAGUUGAAAAAUAUGUUUAAUUUAAUGUGUGUAUUCAAAAUAUUUUAAUUGAGUAAUAUCAGUUUUAAAUCAAAUUCAGACAGUUCUUUUUAUAGGAGCUUACUUUUUUUUCUUUUUUUUUUUGACUAAGCUACAAGAUUUUCCAGAUUAAUAAAAUUCACCAAGCUUUAUUGAGUUCAAAUUUAUUCAAGCUCUUUGAAUAUAAUAAUUAUUGUAUACUACCUAUCUAUCAGUUUUGUUUAUCAUCAUAGAUUGUACUGGAAUAUCAUGAAUUUUUGUCUGUUAUUCCGUGCUUUUCAAUAUUUCAAAAUAAUAAAUAAAUACGCCAGUUGCCUUUUGUAAAAAAUAAUUUGCAUUUGAAUUAUUCCAUUUCUUUGUACAGAAUGUCCUCCAAAAAAGUAUGUGAAUUUUAUUUUCCACUGCUCCACAAAUCAUUCCACAAACUUCUUAAUCCAUGUAACAAAAUAUGUCUGUAAGAAAUUUUAUUGUGAUGCUUACAGAAAUAGAAUACAGCUGAAAGAAAUAUAGUGGAAAAGUACAGUGCUUUUUUGUUUUAUUUUUUAAUACAUUUUUUAUUGAUACAAAUCUAUUUAAAGCAAACUAAUAUGUAAAUAGAAAUUAACAUGUGAUAAAAAAUUAAUUAAAUUCAGAAAGCUCUCUGUGUUCAAUGUUGGAAAACUUCAAAAUAUUUCAGAUCUACGUAUAGACUAGUCAGCUAUUGCAGUAAACAUAUGAGUGCACGAGGAUUCAGGAAUACUUUUAGGUAGUGGGUUUGUUUCUAUUACACAGAGAUGAGUGCAUAUGAUUUCGUCCAGGUCUCUUAUCCAUUAAAUUAUACCUACUACUUGCAGCAUGCUUCACUAUAUAAUCAAGAAAUUAUGCUUCAUCUACGAUUCAUCAUAACUUGUAUUUUUAAUACACUUUCAUGGUCAAAUUUGAAGUGUUUGAAGAGAGUCAUAUGCACUCUAUUAACUUAUUUUGAAAAGUUUCGAGUAUUUCUGUAUGUUGAACUUUGUAUCAUUCAAAAUAUGCAUCAUAGCUAUACUAUUGUGAUCAUUACUUAUGUUAAAGUUUCUGAUUUAGACUUCAAUAUUUUUCCAAUCAUUUGACUUUAAUUCACAUUAUUUACUUGACUCUUAAUUUUGAUCAUCUAAACUACUAACAUAAAAUACACAAUAUUUAUUUCUUAUGAGGAAAUCUGUUUUUCUUUUAAAUUGCAUUCCUCUCUUCUUGUGGGAACUAUUAUCUUCUAUUGUCCAAACUGUAACUUAAACUAUUCAUUAGAAACUUGCCUCGCUUGGUAUAUUUAAAAUCUUUUCAGAAUACUAAACAAUUCAUCCCAAAUCAUAGUAGACGUUAUUUUUCUUUUGAAAUAGUUUAUAGCAUUUAAAAUAAAUACAAAUUUUUAAUAUAUGCUAGUGGUUGCUUUUUAUAGAUAUUUUUAUAGUUGUUAUUAUUAUUAUUCGAAUGAGUUACAAGUGAAGACUUCAUAAUACGUUUAAAAUCUAGAAAGUAAGAGUUAUCAACUAUUUUAUUGUCUUUAAUUUUUCUUGUAAAUGCAUGUCAAUUUCAUACUGGAAAAGCAGUUAUAUUUGUAAUUUACGAACUCAAAAUCAAAAUAUAUGAUAUAAUAAAAUUGUUUUACUUCUGCCAUUGACAUCUGUGACGGUUAAAGAGUAUUAUUUUUAAUAACUCAAUUUCUUUUUGCCAAAACUCGUGAAGAGAACUGUUUUGACUGAUAAUUGAAAAUCUGCAUAAGUUGUGACUUGUGGUUUUAAACUGUUUCUUUUAAUAGUUUAAGAUGUUUCAUCUGAGAAUAAACUAGUCAUUUAUGUUGUAGCACUGUUUUUAUUUAUCUUCUACUUAAGUUUGACAAAGAGACUAUUUUAAUCCACUAUUUUAUGAAAUAAUUUUGUUAGUGAAUAUUUAAUUUUAUUAAGGCAUCUUUAGUUUAUUGGACUCACAUUAAACAAUGAUCUCUGGGUAAUUGUAAGAACUUGUUUUAGUUUCUUUUUUACCCAAUUUUGUUGUUUAAUAUAUUGAUUUUUUACACCAGUUAGUGUUAUUAAAGAACUUCGUCUUGUUUCUUUACAUUGAUCUUAUGUUCUUUAUUUAUUGUACAGUAAUUUUAUUUGAUAUUAAUUGUAAACAAUAAACUUGUUUAGUUAUUGUU